CGACAUACGUUUUACUCUGUCUUACUUUACGUCCACGACUACGACAGACAUCUAGUUCUCUGCCAUCAGCCUAAUUCCGACCUUUGUAUAUCUAGUGAUUUUAGGAUCUAUUAGUGACAUUACGUGAGAUCAAUUCUGAAUUAGGUAUUUCAUUCAGCACGAUAAGAAGCCGGGAUUAAAAGCAAAACCUCGGGAUUAAAACUUGUUCCGAAUGUGUCGGUGAAAGAUUCAAUGAUCCUUUGCAUUUCUCGUGGGGAGAUUUUGCUUGUGAAAGGAUCGAAUAUUGUGUAAAUAAAAUUGAGGCUCGUGAUGGCGAUUAACUCUACAGAUUUUAUCGCGUCGAAACGACAGCUCUUGUUCUUUCUAUUUAUGUUGAGCCAAGUUAGCAACGGUCACGAUGAGGACGUGUUUACUUUACAGUAUACUAGCGAGAAUUUCUCUACGAAGAUUAAAACGAAGAAUCACUUUGUUAUGUUUUACGCACCAUGGUGUGGACAUUGCCAAAAACUUAGUUCUACAUGGGAGCAAUUAGCGGAAAUGUUAAAUAAAGAGAAUAGUAAUAUAAGAAUAGCCAAAGUUGAUUGUACAACUGAGAUCACUCUGUGUAGUGAACAGGAUGUUACUGGCUAUCCCACGCUAAAGUUUUAUAAAACUGGGGAAACCGGAAGCAUCAAAUUUAGAGGAACUCGAAAUUUACCUUCUUUGACUGCCUUUAUUGAUGAACAAUUAGGCAGUUCCUCUAUGAAUGAAGAUGUUGCACCAUCUCCUCCAGAAGCAGUGAAUGGAUUGCUAGAAUUAACAAAAAAUACAUUUGAAAAACAUGUUUCUUCCGGAUAUCAUUUUGUCAAAUUUUAUGCACCUUGGUGUGGACAUUGUCAAAAAUUAGCACCAACAUGGGAUAAAUUAGCUGACAGUCUCCGUAACGAUGAUGCAGUUAGUAUCUCUAAAAUAGACUGCACCCAACAUCGUAGUGUUUGUGGCCAAUUUGACAUUAAAGGAUAUCCCACAUUGUUGUGGAUUGAAGACGGGAAAAAGAUAGAUAAAUACACUGGUGAACGCACUCACGAAGAGCUAAAGGCCUAUGUGUCGAUGAUGCUAAGUAAGAGUGCUGAUGAAUCGAAUCAAAAGAGCGAAAACAAUAAUGUCCCGCAUGCUAUACUAAGUUUGACAGCCGACAGUUUCCAGCAUGGUAUUGAAAAAGGUUUUUCCUUUGUAAAGUUCUUUGCACCUUGGUGCGGACAUUGCAAACGCUUGGCGCCCACAUGGGAGGAAUUGGGUAAGAAAUUUUUUGCUAAUAACAAUGUGAAUAUCGCUAAAGUCGAUUGCACACUCGAUGCAAGCAAACAGUUGUGCAAUGAACAAGAAGUGGAAGGCUUUCCAGCAUUGUACUUGUAUAGAGAUGGACGUAAAGUCUUUGAGUAUAAUGGUUCGCGUAAUCUUGACGAUCUGUAUGAUUUCGUGAUAAAUCAUCUUCAAAAACCGCACGACGAAUUAUAAUCCUAUUAUUAAACUUCUGCAAUGUAAGUCACAUCAUAGUAUUUCCCAUCAAAUAAUUAGACUAAUGAUACGUAUAUAUGCGUAACAUCAUAUCUAUCAUUCAUUAUCAAACAAGAACAAGAGAAUAAGAAUUUUUUUUCAUUUUUAUAUUCUGUAGACAAGAGAAAAAAAAAAGA